AUGCCCGCCUCCGAUGGUGCUUCUUCCAUAACUGUCGCGGUCCGCGUGAGACCAUUUACUAUCCGUGAAGCUGCUCAAAUUUCCAAGUGUGACGAUGGUCCCUUGUUCCUUGGCGAUGGAUCGUUGGCCGGCGUGCCAGCUCCGAAGCUGAACCAGAAGGGAAUCCGGUCCAUUGUUAAGGUGAUCGACGAUCGAUGCUUGGUAUUCGAUCCUCCAGAGGACAACCCCGUCCAGAAGUUCUCCAAGAGCGUCAUCCCGAAUGGCAAGCGGGUCAAAGAUCAAACCUUUGCCUUCGAUCGAAUCUUCGACCAGAAUGCCUCACAGGGCGAAGUUUACGAAUCGACUACACGCGGCCUCCUCGAUAAUGUUCUUGACGGCUAUAACGCAACAGUCUUCGCCUACGGUGCCACAGGUUGCGGAAAGACUCAUACAAUUACCGGAACCGCCCAACAACCUGGAAUCAUCUUCAUGACGAUGCAAGAGCUCUUCGAGCGAAUCGAUGAGAGAGCCGGCGAGAAAUCUACCGAGAUAUCGCUAUCUUAUCUUGAAAUUUACAAUGAAACGAUUCGAGACCUGCUCGUCCCAGGUGGUAACCCAAAGGGCGGUCUCAUGCUACGGGAGGACAGUCAGCAGUCAGUCUCGGUUUCUGGCCUGUCUAGUCAUCAUCCACAAAAUGUUGAGGAAGUCAUGGAUAUGAUUGUGAGGGGUAACGAAUGCCGUACCAUGUCGCCUACCGAAGCCAAUGCCACCUCAUCCCGAUCACACGCUGUUCUUCAAAUCAACAUCGCCCAGAAAGAUCGCAAUGCCGGCCAAAAUGAACCCCAUACCAUGGCUACUUUGAGCAUCAUCGAUUUAGCUGGAAGUGAGCGAGCCAGUGCUACAAAAAACCGGGGAGAGCGGUUGUUUGAGGGUGCCAAUAUCAACAAGUCUCUAUUGGCCCUAGGCAGUUGCAUCAACGCCCUUUGCGACCCUCGGAAGCGCAAUCACAUCCCCUAUCGAAACUCUAAGCUUACUCGUCUACUAAAGUUUGCCCUUGGUGGAAACUGCAAGACAGUGAUGAUUGUCUGCGUUAGCCCCUCGAGCCAGCACUUUGACGAGACUCAAAACACUCUAAGAUAUGCAAAUCGCGCGAAGAAUAUCCAGACCAAGGUUACCCGCAACGUGUUCAAUGUCAACCGUCACGUUAAGGACUUCCUGGUCAAGAUCGAUGAACAGAUGAACUUGAUCAAUGAACUCAAAGCCCAGCAGAAAGAUUACGAAAAUGUCGCCUUCGCCAAAUUCAAAAAACAGACCGAGAAAAAGGAUGCUGUUCUUCGUGAAGGUGUCGCACGCAUUCGCAGUGCCUACGAGCAUACCCUGCCGGAAAGACAAGAAAAGACUAGCAACAUGCUCAAGUUGCGCCAGAUCAGCCGCCGCAUCGGCAUUUUGUCUUCCUGGAUUGCCGCCUUCGAUAGCGUAUGUGAAAAUCGACAGGAUGAAGAAGGACUGGCUAGCUUGUAUGCCAUUCGAAAGACUGCGCAGGGCAUUCUUAUUGAACUUGAAGGUAGCCGACACCAUUAUAACCAGCGAUUGUCGAAGAACACAUGGGACCGAGCCAUGAAUUCGGCAGUUGAGAAUGCGGCCAAACAAUUACAAGAGUUUGAAAUCAGUGACAACAGUGACUAUUCCAAUUUGGAAAGAGAGGCUGAGCUUCUGCGAUCGAAUGCCGAACGCGAGGCUCUUUCCGCGGUGGUAGAGCAGGACAAGGCCGGAGAAACGGUUGCUGUGCAGUUGUUGCUCCAAGCCCAGUUCGAGCUUAUGGCCUCUAUCGAUGAAAUCAUGCAACUGAGUGCAAGUGAAGCUAUCCAGAAGGGACGUGCGAUUCUCACGAAGAUGCUGGAGCACUGCUCCAGUGCUGCGUCAAAUAUCGUCAAGUCGGACGGCACCACGUCGUCCGCUCCCAACUUGAAUUUGCACAGCCCUAUGAAAUCUGCUAGUCCUUCUAAGUCGAAGAAGCGAUUUAGUAUGAUUAAUAUGCCUGCGCCGAGAAUGUCGAUUACACCCUCCAUGGACCUUGUCCCGGCAGCGCCUCCUUCUCCUACAAAGGGCUCUCCUCGCAGACGUAAAAUAGCUGCCGGACGAAAGAGUGUUAGCUUCACCCCCAAAAGGACACAGCCUAAGGCCUCUAAGCGAUCUGUUCGAUGGAAGGAUGAUGAGGAGGAUGCUCCUCUCACUGAAUUUCAAAAGACUCCUCAAAAGCCCGAAUCCGCCGGUGAAUCUAGCUCCGAUGAGCCUUGCGAGCCCUCGGAGCCUUCACUGCCUCGGGGAGUAUCGCCUAUCCCCCGCAACAUCCCGCGGGUAUCGCUUCAAGGCUGGAUUCCUGUCCAAACCGCGAGUUGGAAGCUCUCCAUUAGCACCCCCCCAAUGGCUAGCCUCCCUCUCUCUGACAACGAAAACUCCCCCCUUCGUGACAUUGAUGGCAGUAGCUUCCUCAACCGCGCCUCAUCAGAGCGCCCAUCUCGCAUUGCUGUUCGGUCUCCAAGCGGAAAUUUCUCCAGUAGCCCAGCUUCCGAGAGCAAAUCAGAGAACAAGGACAACUGGAAGACGGACAAAGAUGAUGCAAUGAAAAUCAACUCUGCCAUGCGCCGAAUUUCCAGCAGUCAUUUUGGAUCUACCGCCAGUUCCAACUCCUUGCGGGUCCACCGCCGUCGCAGUCCCAGCUCCAACACCUACGGGAGCUCUCCUAGCGAGAACACCAUGUUCACUGCCUCCCAGGCUCGGCGUAUGGUCAAGAGUGAGCGAGAGCUCGAGGCUAAGCCCCGUGUUUUGAGUCCUCAUACCCUGCCUGUGAUGAAGAACACCAGCCGCCGUACGACCCUUGGAGGGGAAAUCCGGCCUCGACAUGCCAGCCUGUCUAGCAGGGAUGCCCUCCGCCUCAGUGUAAUUGCCGCGCCCGCAGUGAACCACACAGCGGAUUUCACAUCUGGUGGAUUGCGGUAG